AUGGACAACUGUGCAGCCUUCUUCUAUCACCAAACUCUUCUGAAGUGCAUUCUGAACUCAGAACAGGUGUCACAGUUGAAUCUCACGUCUGAGACUGGAUGGAUUGGAUUUAACCUUCCAGACAACAUCAGAAAAGGUGCAUCAACAAAUGCAACUACCUCGUCAACACCGUCGACUACCAUAGUAACAGACACCAAGACAGACGCCGUUGCACCAACUGCUGAAACUACUAUUUCGACCGCGAUCACAGCUGGCACUAAAACUACAACGACAAUUGCAGCUAUAACGCCGACAACUAUUACUUCAACUUUAAAGGUGACAAAUACUACCGCAACAACUGUUACUGCAACGACUACGACAACAGCUGUUCUUACUACAAUGACACCUGCAACUGAAACAGCUGAUAUUUUUACAGCUUCAUCGAAUACAACGACAGCUGCUACGACUACUUAUCCGACUACGACAGAGACAACUGCUACAUCAGUAACUACUUCAGUAACAUCCCCUUCUAAAACAGCUUCAACUGCAGAUGCCUUGACUACGGCGACGCACACGACAGCUACUAUGAUACCUGACAAUGUGACAACGGCCCAAUCGACCACGACUGUUGCACAGACUACGAAGACAGCUAAAACUGUUAUUUCUACCAGAGCGUCAUCGACCUCGAUAACUGCAACGACGACAUCCCCCACUUCGUCAGUGCCAUCCCGUACGACGACUGCUUCAACUGCGACAACAGCUACAACGACUAUGAAGACAGUUAUUCUUAAUACAGUGACACCUGCUACAGAAACAACUCAUCCUGCGACAUCUUCAUCGAAUUCAACGACAGCUGCUACGACGACUUACCCGACUAAAAACGAGACAACCGCUACACCAGUAACAUACCCUACUACAACAGCUUCAACUGCAAUGACAGAUGCCUCAACUAUGGUGACGGACACUACAACUACAGUGAUACCUGACAAUGCGACAAAGGCUCCACCGACCACGACUGCUGCACAGACUACGAAGACAGCUGAAACUGCAACAGUGACUCUUGCAACUGACAAUUCUGUUAUUUCUACGGCAGUGUCAUCGACCUCGACAACUGCUAAGACGACAACCCCCACUACAUCAAUGGCAUCCCGUACUACGACAGCAAAAGCCUCAAGCAGGGUGACGGACACUACAACUACAGUGCUACCUGACAAUGCGACAACGGCCCCACCGACCACGACUGCUGCACAGACUACGAAGACAGCUGAAACUGCAACAGUGACUCUUGCAACUGACAAUUCCGUUAUUUCUGUGACAGCUUCAUGGAAAUCGACGACAACUGCUACGACAAUCCCUACUCAUUCAGUGACAUUCCAUCCUCCGACAGCUUCAACUUCGACGACAGGUGUCACGACUACGAUGACUAACACUACAACUACAGUGAUACCUAUUAAUGUGACAACGACUCCACCGACAUCUGUAUCGACUAAAAUUACUGCUGCGCAGACAUCGACGACGGCUGAAACUGUAACAGUGACUCUUGCAAAUGAAACAACUGACGUGUCUACUUCACCUACAUCGACGACAGUUGUUGUUUCUACUCCCAAGACAGCUGUCACGACGACUAACCCAACUACUACACCAAUGACCCUUGCUACUACGAUGGGUUUACCUGCAAUGGCAUCUACCACGACUUCACGAAAAGUGAUGCCUUAUAAAGCAACAACUACAAGUUCCAGGACAACAAUGACACAUGUAGCUACUACUCCUGCGCUGAUCUCACUGUGGGUGGAGUCUGUUCUUAAGUUCUCCUCCCAAUUCCAGAAUGUGGAGUAA